AUCCAACUCAAGAGAAGAAGAAGCAGAGGCGCGUCACUUCCGGGUUUCGCGUCUGACGUGUCUAAAACAGUUUUGCUCCGGUGGCGGAUUUUACCCGUGGGGGGGAUUUCACAUCGCUUUGACUUACAUUUGAUACGCGGUGUCAAGAUGCUAGACUUCUUCACCAUCUUCAGCAAAGGGGGGAUAGUGCUGUGGUGUUUCCAGGGAGCCGGGGUCACGGAAUCCUUCACCGGGCCUGUCAACGCUUUGAUCCGCUCCGUGAUCCUCCAGGAGCGCACCGGGAACAAUUCCUACAACCACGAGGGCCUCAGUCUGAAAUACAAACUCGACAAUGAGUUCGAGUUGAUUUUUGUGGUGGGCUUUCAAAAGAUCCUGACGCUGACGUACGUGGACAAAUUCAUAGAUGACAUCCAGCUGCAUUUUCGGGAUCGUUAUAAGAAUGAGCUGGAGCACAAGGGCGCUCUGAGGCUAAUCAACAGCAGCUUUGAAUUUGAGGAUGACUUCCAGGUGCUUCUCAGAGAGGCGGAGGAGAGCAGCAGAGCUCGGGGCCCCGACCGCAUGCGGAGCUUUAAGGAGUCCGAGAAAUCCCAAAAAACUGUGAAGUCUAUGAUUGAGACCAAGGGAGGGGAAAAGGUCAAGGAGCCGGGUGGCAAGAAGAGUAAAAAUACCAAAAAGGAGGCUGAGCCUGUCGUGGUGGAUCAAGUGAAGGCCCCGUCCCCCGGGCGCAAGCCGGUUGAGAACGGUAACCAGGGCUACACCGCCGAGGAGAUCGUGCAGAAGAAGCGCGAGGAGUUCAUUCGCAAGCGCACGUUGGCUCCCGCCGAGAAAGCCACGAAGUCCCCAAAACCUCAGAAGCCCAGGGAGAAGCAGAUGCGUGUCUGGGACAUGGGCGGCAGCAGCACCAAGGCGCUGGACUACAGCGGAAGCAACGGAGAUCACGCCAUGAAUGGUGGCAAACAGCAGCAGGAUGCACAUUUUGACCUGGGAAUGCAGCUGAGCUCCAUGAAGGGGGAGCUGCCCUCUGUGGACUACGAGUCCAGUGAGGAGGAAGAAGAGGAGGAGGAGCAAGAGGAGGAGAGGGUGGUUGUCAAUAAACCAAGCAAGAAAAUCUCCAGCAAGAGUGGCGGUUUUGGGGGUAUGUUCGGGAUGCUGAAGGGCCUGGUGGGCUCCAAGAGCCUGAGCAGAGAGGACAUGGAGUCAGUACUGGAGAAGAUGAAGGACCACCUCAUCGCGAAGAAUGUAGCAGCCGACAUCGCCUACCAGCUCUGUGACUCAGUAGCCAAAAAACUGGAGGGCAAAGUGAUGGGCACAUUCACCACUGUGGCCUCGACGGUAAAGCUGGCCCUGCAGGACUCCCUGGUGCAGAUCCUGCAGCCCAAGCGAAGGGUGGACAUCCUGAGAGACGUCAUGGAGGCCCAGAACCAGCGGCGGCCCUUCGUCGUGACUUUCUGCGGCGUCAACGGCGUCGGAAAGUCCACCAACCUGGCCAAGAUCUCCUACUGGCUGAUCGAGAACGGCUUCACGGUGCUGAUCGCGGCCUGCGACACGUUCCGCGCCGGCGCCGUGGAGCAGCUGCGCACUCACCAGCGCCGCCUGAACUCCCUGCACCCCCCCGAGCAGCACGGGGGACGCCCGAUGGUCCAGCUCUAUGAGAAGGGCUACGGCAAGGACGCCGCCGGGAUCGCCAUGGAGGCCAUCGCCUACGCCCGCAACCAGGCCUUCGACGUGGUGCUGGUGGACACGGCCGGGCGCAUGCAGGACAACGCGCCGCUCAUGACCGCCCUGGCCAAGCUCAUCGCGGUCAACAUGCCCGACCUCGUGCUGUUUGUCGGAGAGGCUCUGGUGGGCAACGAGGCGGUUGACCAGCUGGUAAAGUUCAAUCAGGCUCUGGCCGACAACUCGAUGACCGACAAGCCCCGCCUCAUCGACGGGAUCGUUCUCACCAAGUUUGACACCAUCGACGACAAGGUCGGCGCUGCCAUCUCCAUGACCUACAUCACGGGACAGCCCAUCGUGUUUGUGGGCACGGGGCAGACCUACAACGACCUGCGUAGCCUCAACGCCCGCGCCGUGGUCAGCGCCCUGAUGAAGGCGUGAGAUGUUCCAGCCCCGCUAACCUGCCUUCUCCCUCGUCCUCCUGUCCAGCUCUCUCUCUCGCUACGCCAUGCACAGGACUUUAUUCUCCACAGAAAAGGGCUGGUGUGUACUUUGAAUGACUAAAAAGAAAAUGCCAGACUUUACCCCCUUUAGUUCCUUUCUAGGGCUGCAUUGAGUACCUCAGAGCGGUCGCAUCCAGAUGACAUUUUAGCUGACUAAGUGGACGUAGACUGUACAUCUCAUCGCUUUACUGGUGCACACAGUAAAGACUUGGAAAAUGGCAUUCUGUCACUACGUCAGGUGGUGAAGGUGACCCGGGGGUUGCUUAUUUGUCUCCCGGUGGGACAGUCCGGGCAUUUCAGACUGCACUUCCCAUGUGUUUUUUUGAGCUUCUGUGGGCCUUUUAAUUUGUAAUUCACAAGAGGAAAUAGUCUUAAAUGUCUCCUGCCCCCCCUUCUUAAUUUGUGGUAGUGCAAUAUGAAAGAAUCAAGCGUUAAAACGGGAGAAUUGAGCUAAUUUAUGAGAAUGUAACACUUUCUAAAUAAAGCUGAGAUAUGC